AGGUCACAGUAGAAGAUAGCGUGAGGGCACAAAAAUACCGACUCGCCUCAACGCUGUCCAACCAAUCGACAAGAGCACCCCGACAAAAGAAAGAACAUAGAUCAGUAGAGAGUCGCAAACAACUCAUACACCGGCCCCCUCCCCUCCGAAAUAAAAGGCGUUAGAACUUCAAGCGGGCAGCAAACGGGGCAGCUUCGAAAGCGAUGGGCUCACGCAACCAAAACGCCACCGCCGACGGCCACGUGGAGGCGGUGGGGCGCGUUUUCCAACAGGUUCACCAGAGCGCCGCCCACGCGCAGCGGUGCAGAAAAGAGCUGCUGAACCUUGGCAAAACGGACGCCGCCCAGCUGGCCCAAGACGUGAGUCAAGUCGUUCUGCUCGUUUUGCGGCAGGUGAGCCAAAUCACAGCAGAUGCGUUGCGCCGCCACUACGCCUUCUUGGUGGACCUGUGCAAGUCGUUUCGCGAGGCCUUCGACUCGGACGAGUUGGCCAUCGCCAUCCUCAAAGCUGUUGCUCCCUUUCACAACGCGAUGGAUAAGGCGGUGCGCCUCGCCGUCGUGUGCACCUUCGAGGCGCUGCUCAAGACGGUUGACCAGGCCAACGCUUCGGAAGAGCGGCAGGACUUUUAUCAGGACAUCGCCGAGUUGCUGAAGCAGCGGGUACACGAUAAGUGCCCCCAGGUGCGUGCCAAAGCGGUCACCGGUGUCGCUGCGUUCCAGACCGGCAAGAAGGACUGCGACGUGACGCAGCAGCUCAUUGCGCUGCUCUGCACCGACACCAACGCGGAUGUGCGCAAGCAAAUCUUGCACGCCAUCGCGCCGCGCAAAGAGUUCUUGGAGGGCUACUUCCACGGCAUGGUUCGGUGCACCCGCGACGUGGUGGCGCGCGUGCGGGCCGAGGCGUGGGACACGCUCGGCCGCUUCCCGUGGCGCUACCUGACGGCGUACGCGAAUGCUAAGAACGUGAAGCUGCCGGAGAUGCUGGCGGCGGGCCUGGACGACGCUAACGCGUCGGUCGUCAUUGCGUGCCGCGCCGCCUUGACAAACGGUUGGGUGCACCGCGACUCCAAAGACGUCUGUGAGGACUUCUUGAACAGCAUCGCCUGCGGCUUUGUCUUGCCCUCGCUCCAGCCGUACGAGCGCAUCAGUGGGGAGCUGCUCACCUACGCCCAGAAGCGCAAAGCGGCGACGCACUUUCCGUUAAACUUUGCCGAUAUCAACACAGGCGGGUUGUUGAUGUGGAAGGCGGACUGCCGCGUCUCCUGCGACACGGAGGGCGACGACGAGACGCAGCUGCUGCCCCCGCUGGAGCAGUUCGGCGCGAUUCUACAGGACUCCGUUUACGCCUACGCGCGGCCCGAGGUGGAGCCUAAAACGGUCAAAUUUCGCAACAUCGAAGACGCGGACAACAUGCUGCGCAUCCUGCUCUCCGUCUUUGCCAUCUACGACGACAAUGGCUACCUGGCGCACGCCGACAACACCACGCGGGCCGCCCUGCUGCGCCUCAUCAACUUUGUUCUGAAGGUGGUGCCGGACGAGGACCCGUCGCUGUUCGUCGACGUCGCCGUUUGCGCCCUCAAGUCGCUGGCAGCACGGACCCCGGAGGAGGCAACCAAGACGAUCACCUCCGCGUUGGACUCCCUCUUUCGCAGCUUAAAGCUGCCGCAGCGCUACGCGCUGGGCUUCGAUGACGUGGAGGCGAUCGGCCGAAAGAGCCGCGAGCGACAGCAGGAGCUGGUGAAGCGAAAGGUACUGUGGCGCUCCGGUGAGUCGUCGGAGGAGCACUACACCGAGUUGAAGGAGGAGAUGGACCGCGACGAGAAGUUUCUGCGGCGCAUGCAGCUCAUCGUCCUCGCCUUCCUCUCCCACUCGCAGCGCGGCGACGACGUUCCGAUGUUCUGCUACCACAUUAUCCAAAUGGGCCGCCACCUCGACCACGAAAAGGUGCGCGUGGCCGCGACGCAGUCGCUCUGUCUGCAGUGCCUCAUCAACCCCGACAGCGUCCACACCUUCAUGCCGCUCAUCCUCGCGGACGCACAGGAAAACGCAAGCGGGUCCGACAUGGAGCUCCCCAUCGCGGCGAUUGGCGUCGUGUUUGAUUUGAUCAUGGAGUACGGGCUGCGUUUCUUCGACACGGCCAAGAGGGCGGGGCACGCCGGCGAUGCCGCUGCCGCACCCGCCGCCGCCGCGGUGGUGUACAACACCGAGAACGAGGUAGAGGCCCGCCUGCACCACGAGCAGGAGUUGGCGGAGGAGGACGUGCACAAGGUCGGCAGCCGACGGCUGCUCAGCACGCUGCAGUCCUUUUUGCAAACUGGCAACGAGCCGAAGCACAUCAUCACGGCCUCGGGCUUCUGCAAGCUGCUCAGCUGCAAUCGCCUGCCCUCCGACGCGGUGCUGCACGUCAUCUCGAUGCUGCUCGUCCACUACGCCGGUGCGCUGUCCGCCAAGAAGGACAACGACACCACCGCCGCCUACAUGGUGGACUACCUGGGCACCUUCUUCCGCAGUUACGCAGCGAGUCACCCAAAGCGGCAGGAGCAGCUGUGCGAGGGCGGCCUCACCGCCUUCCGCGUGGUGCUGGAGCGCAACACCGCCAUGGCGAUGAAACUGCUGGAGUUCGUGGCGCGGCUGACGGACGCGUACACGCUGACGCUGAUCCGCGACAUCGACCCUCAGGCGGCGAAACGCGCUACUCGUGAAGCGACGGAAGAAGUGCUAGGGCAGGAUGAGGACGCCAACCGCAAGAGCGCCAGAGCCAACGCGACGCGCUCGUCCAUGCAGUCCGGCCGCCUCCUACGCGAGCUCAGCCGCAACUCCCUGCACGAGCGGCUUUCUGAGGGGCUGCUGCUAGAGCUGGCCCAGAACAGUCUCGCGGAGAGCCGGACGGUGUGCAUGGACGGCCUGGAGAAGUGCAUGUACUUCUACAGCAGGGAAGCGCAGCCCUUCUUGCUGCACUGCAUUACGGAAGCGCUCACAGCUCUCAGUGCGCAGAGCGCGCAGGCCCUGCAUGAGCGAUUAGCGGCCUGGCAGACUGAGCUGCUUCAGCGUUACCCCUCCAUGGUUUCUGCAGAGCAGCAGGUGGGCGAUGCGGCAGUGGACGAGCUAAACCACCGGUGGGAGAGCGCAGCGCAGACGCGCAGCGAGCACCUCGACGCGAUGCUGGAGGCGGGGUUUGGCGGAUUCCCCUCCAUCCCACCACAGCUCACCACCGCGGCUACUGCUGCCGGCGCAAAGGCAGAAGCAACGGAGGUGAAGCGCGAGCGCGACGCGGAUUACUUCGACGUGGAGGCCAUCGUGGGCUCGCGCAAGCGCAGAAAGUACUGA